CCUGAUGUGGCUUUCUCCAAGAACAAGAAAGGACAAGUGAAACGCCCAAUGAAUGUCUACGUGAUCUGGGCCCGAAUUCACCGUCCAGUUCUGAUCAGAGCCAAUCCUGACAUCAAAUUUGCUGCCAUAAGUUCUAUGCUUGGUGAGGAAUGGAGAAAAAUGUCAGAGGAGCAGAAACAGCCUUAUUAUGAUGAGGCACAGCGGAUUAAAAGAAAACACAACAAAGAGUUUCCAAAUUGGCAAUUUCGACCAGAUAUCAAGAAAAGGAAGAUAUCCUAUUCUGCACAUGACACCAUGCCAGGCUCCUUCAGGGAUCCACCAGCGGCCUCAGCCUAUUCAAUGCCACAAAAUUGCCCAUCAUAUUCAGGAAUGGUUCCUCAACCCAACCCACCAACAGGAUCACCUGAUGUGGCUUUCUUCAAGAACAAGAAAGGACAUGUGAAACGCCCAAUGAAUGCCUACAUAAUCUGGGCCCGAAUUCACCGUCCAGUUCUGAUCAGAGCCAAUCCUGACACCAAACUCACCGUCAUAAAUUCCGUGCUUGGUGAGGAAUGGAGCAAAAUGUCCAAGGAGCAGAAACAGCCCUAUUAUGAUGAGGCACAACGGAUUCAAAGACAACACGCCAAAGAAUUUCCAAAUUGGGAAUAUCGACCAGAUAUCAAGAAAAGGAAGAUAUACUAUUCUGCACAUGACACCAUGCCAGGCUCCUUCAGGGAUACACCAGCGUCCUCAGCCUAUUCAAUGCCACAAAAUUGGCCAUCAUAUUCAGGAAUGGUUCCUCAACCCAACCCACCAACAGGAUUACCUGAUGUGGCUUUCUCCAAGAACAAUAAAGGACAUGUGAAACGCCCAAUGAAUGCCUACAUGAUCUGGGCUCGAAUUCACCGUUCAGUUCUGACCAGAGCCAAAUCUGACACCAAACUUGCCGUCAUAAAUUCCGUGCUUGGUGAGGAAUGGAGAAAAAUGUCCAAGGAGCAGAAACAGCCCUAUUAUGAUGAGGCACAGCGGAUUCAAAGACAACACGCCAAAGAAUUUCCAAAUAAGUAGUCCAGACACAAUGCUCAGUCCUCAGGGCCCCAAGCCCCUCAUUACAGGAUUUAUAUGUAUGGAUUAAAUCUACUUUUACUAUUAGUACAGUUCAUUUAUCUGAUGGGUUGACCCAUGUAUAACAUAUUACAUAUGUA